ACCGCGACCACUUGUACAACGACGCAAGUUUCACAAUUUCAGCGAGGUUUCUGUCCGUUUGUUAGGAAAACGAAACCUCUUGGCAGGUACACACACACAGUCGAGGAGAUGGCGCCCUCCCGUCCCACAUCUAGAUCUACUGCACGCGAUUUCUAGUUUCGUUUUGUUUGCUUAAGAUUACCGGGUUCACACUCAUCUGGGAGACAAGCAGGCCCGAGCAGACGAGAGGAAGGGACUCCGGACGUCUGGAUAUCUCGUCUCUUCUGUCACGGAGUGGAGUCUCUCGACACACGGGUCAUCUCUCACGGCACAGGACAGAGAUACAGGCGACGACGGCAGGAGAAGAAGGAGGAGAAGAUAGGAAGAUCGGUGGUGAUCAUAGUUUACGUACGAACGUGCGUGUGAACACAUACACGUAUUACACAUCCACACACGCACACAGUGGGUCGCCGCGUACGACGGACUGACUGAUUGACUGAGUGACUGACUGACGGUAGGUACUUGGCACUGAUCUUGAUUUUGAUAACAUUGACGUACGUCGGAGUGGAGUCUUCACAAUAGUGUACGCGCGCGCGCACACACAUACACACAGCACUUAACUUCACUGGAAUGUAAAUCUAUCUACCUACACUGGAUGUGUCCUUUCCUCUGUGGAGAUUUGAAAAAGCACACACAGUUCAACAAGAGAAGAAGAAGGAGAGAGCCUUGCCUAACUCCAGUACUUCCUGGCUCUGUUAUUGCGUCUUGGCUGUGGGCAGCAGCAGCGGCAGCGGUGGUGGUGGGGGUAUCGCGAGGACGAGAGUCGGGACUUUGAGAUCGGGGUACGACGAGGCAGCAGGCGGCUGCUACGACCGUAGGGUAAGUCGCUCGCCGUAAAAUUAGAAUCUCCAACUCGGCCGCGCGUUUCGCUCGGCCUCACCGAGUUAAUCCGGAGUUUGGAACCCGUUUCCCCGCGCGUCGGGGGCCCCUCGUGUGACAGCAGCGCCUGGAGUGUGAGGCCCGUAUCGCACCGAGACCUGCUAGGCGUACAGACAUCUACAGGACCAAAACGCCGAGCGUGGUAGGCUAGGGUCGGAUCUCCCUCCCCCCUCUCUGUCCUCGGCCGACUUCAACUCUUCUCUUGUUGUGGACUCAGAGCACAAAAAAACUCCGCGAGACGCAUGAAGAGGUCGUGAAGAGAUUCGAAAAAGAAACAGAGGAAAAGAUUCCUCCCCGCUACCUGUUGCUUAUGCCGCCUUCGCGCAGACUUGCUGGAGAAGAGGAUUACAACCAGAGGUUUUCGCUCUCGUUACGUGCACAUUUCUUUUUCUUAUUGUUCCUGCUCGCGUGUGUGUGUGCGCGAGUGCGUGUUUGUGUGUGACGAUUCGGUGGCUGGCUGUCGACUCGAAGGAGCCACCACAGAGGAGUGAGGUCUUGCCUAUCUACGCUGGGAUUUUUCUGGCAUGGAGUUCCGAGAUUCAAAGUUUUUACCGAUGGCAGUGGCUGUAUUAGAUCUACGUUGUGAAGUUCAUGGGCUGUAGGAACGAGGGAAAAUUUCUUCGUAGCCUACUGCGCAGAAAACAAUUAAUUGUGCGUUUCGUAAGUAAAAGUGUAAUGAAUUAGAUUCUAUGCUUAGGUAUGGCGUUAGUAUAAGAGAAUUCAUAAAUAAUUCUAAAAACUGACCUCAUUGUUUCAAACUCCCUUGAGAACGGAGUCGUUUUCAGCUGUACGUUUUAUUCACUCUCAGAAUAAAUUAAUGACAAGAAGGAAUAUGUGAUAAUGACAAAGAAUACCAUUGUGACAAGAAAAAUAACAAGAUGGUUAUGUUUCAACACUCGGAUUUGAAUUUCUCUUUCUUCAAAUCUCAUCUGCUAGAAAUAGAAACAUCGUUUUCGUAAUAAUCUAGAUCUAUUUAAAUCAGAAAUAAAAACCAACAGCAUACUCCCAAACUAUGGCGGGGGUGAGUUCGUUCACGGUCAUCUGUCUGCUUCUGUGUGUCGCCACUGACCGCUGUUGUGAGCCCGACACCGAGACGGGUCAUGCCCAGACUACAACUCACCAAAACUCUUCACCAUCAACGGGAGUUGGAUCUAGCCGUUACGUUCAAAACGCUGGGGUUCCAAACCCAGGAAACCCUGACGGCGGGGGUGGUGGUGGUGUAGUUUUGGAUCCCUGGCAGAAUGAGGAGGAAGGUUCUAGUAGAUCUAGAUCUAGUAGAGUGAUUCUUGACCAGGAGGUUUACAUUCCGGAUUACACGAGGAUUCUCACAUUGGAUAUCAUACCGCGGGUUGAUGU